GAAUAAGACAAUAGUGGUCUUUUGUCGAAUGGUUUUGGAAUAAGUUGAUUUUGGAUAAUCAAUUUGUGGUACAAAAGGCAGUAAUCUGGUAAUUCGUGGUUUCGGCAUUUUCAUAUCUUCGUCAAUAUUCUGUUAUCCUUAUCAUAUGCUGUUGCUACAUAACUUAUCAGAAUUAAGAAAAAUAUCAUUAUUUAAUUUAAAGUUAUGAUGUUUUAACUCUAAAGUUUUUACAAGAAUUGAGAAAUAUUAAAUAAACUAUAUUUUGAAAAUAAAUAUGACUUCGAGAAAUUUAUUUACAACAUUUUAUCGAUUUAAAAAUGGUUAUAAAUAUAAAUGUAAAAGCUUAAAUAACAUCACUUUUUAUAGUUUCUCCAGUCAGUCACAUGACCGAGAAAUUACAAAAGAAUUGAGUAGCAAGUUUUUUGCUGAACCUGUACAAAAUUUAUUGUUUAAACUUACUCAUGUUGAUGUACAAAAAGCAUUUAGAAAGCGUUUUACUGGACAAAAUCCUGACACUCCAAUUUAUAAAUUUAUGACCACUGCAGAAGUUGAAAAAAUGCAAGCUGAAGUUAAUAUAAAAGCUAAAGAAAAAGUUCAGAUGCCACCAAUAGUACCAUUACGUACUGAUUUGGGACAAGUAUUGGAAGUCAACAAGGAUAUUAUUGGUUUUGACAGCGCCAAAUUUGUAUUCACAGAUAUUACUUUUGGAAUAUCUGAUAAGAGACGAAUAGUUGUGGUAAGAGAACCUGAUGGAACACUAAGAAAAGCUAAUGAGGAUGAACGCCAUGCUGUCAAUCAAAUAUAUUUCCCUCAAUCGGGAAGAGAAUUAAAGCAUCCUGUGAUGUUUGAUGAUGCAAAUUUGAAGCCCCUUCUUGAAAAUGGUGAUUAUGAAUUCAUAUUGGAUCGUGCAUGUUGUCAAUUUGAACCUGAUGAUAAAAAUUACCACCGUGUUGUAUUCAGUACUUAUAAACAUGUUGAUGAAUCUAAAAAUUACCAUGUUUUAGAAUCCACAAGACAUUUAGGACCAUUAUUAUUUUACUUGGCUUUUAAUAAAAAACCAGAUAACUUUUUAAUGUAUUGUUUACAGACUGAAAGGUUUGAUGAUGUUAUAUUGUUUAUACAAUUAUACACAAAGAUAAAUCAAGGUUUGGAAAUUGAAUUGGACAGUUCAAAAGAACAAUUUAAAUUAAUAGAGGAUUUCAUAAGUACUGAAUGUAUUGAUAAAGUAAAUCUGGAAGAAGCAUUAAAAAGUUAUAUUACUAGAAAUAGUGAAGUACUAAAAAACUAAGCAUUUAAUAUUUAAUGAAAAAUAUAUAUAUUAUUGAUAGAAAUAUUUUUCUUAAAGAUAAUACUUGAUGGUACUGUAAUGUAUAUACAAUA